AUGAAAGCUAUUGCUGUGGAUUUCUUCUCCAAGUUUUUUUCUGAAAAUGAUUAUGUAGAUAGCAGAGUUGUAAGUUUGUGGACUUUUCCUAGAAUUGAGCAACAUAAUCUUUUUGCCUGUAGUGUCCCUAUCUCCAUGCUUGAAGUUAAAAAUGCCCUUUUUGGUAUUGGUGGAUUGAAAGCUCCUGGUGUUGAUGGGUUUCCUGCCAUUUUCUAUCAACAUCACUGGAAAGACUAUGCUUCUAAAAUUUUUAAUGUGGUCAAUACUGCUUUCUCUUCCUGUUCUGUGCCUCCUGAUCUGAAUCAGACUAUCAUUUCUCUCAUUCCUAAAUUUGAAGGUCCUCAACAUAUGGUUAAUUUCAGACCUAUCAGUCUUUGUAAUACCAUCUAUAAGGUCAUCUCCAAGAUUAUUGUUGCCAGGAUCAGGCCUUUCAUGCAACAAUUGAUCAUUCCUAAUCAGGUCAGUUAUGUCCCUGGUAGGCACAUUUCUGAUAACAUCAUGAUUGCUCAAGAAUUGCUUUUCAAGUUUAAAAAAUCUUGUGGUUCUCUUGGUUUUUUUGCUUGGAAAGUGGAUUUAUCAAAAGCUUAUGACAGACUCAGAUGGAGUUUUAUUGAGCAGAUUUUAUUUGAGGCCAAGUUUCCAUCUACCUUGGUUAAACUCAUUAUGAGCUGCAUCACUACUACCAGUUUUCAGAUCUGUUUCAAUGGUGAACUCACCAGUUCGUUUAAAGCUCAGAGAGGAAUUAGGCAAGGGGAUCCUCUAUCCCCUUAUAUUUUUGUGUUAUGUAUGGAAAAGCUUUCCCAUCUUAUUAAUUCUGUUGUGGAUAUGGGGUAUUGGAAGCCUGUUAGAGCUUCUCAAUCUGGUCCUAAAGUUUCUCAUCUCUUUUUUGCUGAUGAUCUCAUGCUUUUUGCUGAAGCUUCUCCCCAGCAGGCUAGCAUUAUCAAAGAUUGUUUAGACUCUUUCUGUGAUCUCUCAGGGCUUUCUGGUUGGAGUAGUAAGACUUUGAGUAUGGCUGGUAGACUUACCUUGGUGCAGUCUGUUACUGCCUCCAUUCCAAUUUAUGCAAUGCAAACUGCCAAGUUGCCUCUAAGUCUUUGUGAAAGUAUUGAUAAAGCCAACAUAAAUUUUCUCUGGGGGGAUUCUAAUGAAAAAAAGAAGAUCCAUCUGGUUAACUGGGAGUCUGUGUGUAAACCUAAGCAUCGUGGGGGUCUUGGAUUAAAGAAAACUGCUGAUAUGAACCAGGCCAUGCUCGCUAAGGCCAGUUGGAGAAUUUUUCAAAAUGAUCAUGGUUUAUGGGCUGAUAUUUAUAGGAAGAAAUAUUUGCAAGAUUGUUGCAUUGAGAGUUCUAAUUCUAUAGCUCCUGCAGAUUGUUCUAAUACUUGGAGAGGUAUUGUGCAUGGUGUUGAGCUGAUGAGAAGGAAUCUUAAGUGGAGAAUUGGUGAUGGUGCUAAAAUCAAGUUCUGGAAUGCUACCAUUAAAGAGUUCUGGUGUGAUACUAGUUGGAACAUCUCUCUUCUCAAAUCUGUGCUUCCUGAUCAUGUUGUCAUGCAGAUUAUCAGUGUCCCUUCUGGGUUUGGUGUUAGUGGUCAUGAUAAGUUGAUUUGGAAUGCCACAGCUAAUGGUAAAUUUUCUGUUAAAUCAACCUAUAAUUCUUUCUUUGACUCUGCUGGGGUUUCAAACCCCUUGUGGACUCAUCUUUGGAAGUUAAAUUGUCCUCCUAAGCUGAAAACCUUCAUGUGGUCUGUUCUUCAUCAGAAAAUCCUUACUAAUGUGCAAAGAGUCAGAAGAGGUUUCUCUACUAUUGCUAGUUGUCCUAUUUGCAAAAAUGCUGAUGAAACCCUUUUGCAUUUACUAAGAGACUGUCCAAGAUCUCAAGCUAUUUGGAACUCUAUCCUUCGUCCAGGUUCCAUUACUAAUUCUUUCUCUCUGGAUUGGAAUGGUUGGAUAUCUGCUCAGUUUCAUUGUCAUGUUGUCAUCAAAAACAAUAUUCAGUGGUGCAAUUUGUUUGUCUUUGUUUGUUGGUUUAUUUGGAAGUGGAGAAAUAAGGUUAUUUUUGACCCUGCUUUCAUCUUGCCUGCCUGCCCUAAUAAAGUUAUUUGGAACAAUGUUGAUGAGUGGUUCAGUGCUCAGUCAAAAGCUUCUAUGGAGUCUGUUCAGUGA